GCAGGUCCAGCAGACGUUACCAGGCUGUGGCUGCAUGCACAGUGCGUUCACUGAGCGUCUGUGUUCACUGAAAAUUCCUGGAGCGGCAGUGUACACUAGUAGCGUCUGGAUCCACUCAGCGUUCGCUAACGUAUUGAUCUAUCCUGGAAGUGGGCUUCUCCAAUAAAGCUGAUGAACCGAAUGUAAAUAAAUCAUCAACUUCACAGGAUACUCAUGAUAAGCAUCAGACGAGGAAAGCUCUAUAUACUCUACUUCAGCAUACGAAGAACAGGAUGAAAUGGUGACAGAGGGGGACAGCGCACUGUGUCUAUCUCAUGACAAGAAACAUCUAGUGGAUCAAAUCAUGAAGCUCGUUCUAGGGAUCCUUCACUUAGUGAAUGAGGGCCCAGUGCCACCUGACAGUGUGGUCACGUUCUCCGCUGAAGAAUGGGUACAUGUAGAGAAGGAGCAGCGUGAGCUGUAUAGUGACCUGAUGACGGAGAAUGAUCAGACCCUGCAGACUCUGGGAUCUAUUAAUGUGAAAACAGAGAAUCCACUGGGAAGUGAGAGAGAAGAGGACAUGACUGUGACUCAGACAGAGGAAAGUCCUUCAGACGCCAUGGCAGAUGCAGCCCACAAUCUCACACUAAACCCUUAUGCUGAUCCUCAGAUAGAUACAUCAAAGAGUCCUCUCUCAGAUUCCUACCUAAAGAACAGCAGCCUCUCCACCUUCAGCAAUUCCUCCAACACAAGUGUGUACAUGAAUCAUUCCACAGCCACCCUCAGUACCUUCCCAAGGACCUUUACUGACUCCUGCAGAGAUCUCUACAUGACUACAUUUACAGAUACUACAAAUACUUGCCAGAAUGCGCUGAUGAACAGCUUCUCUGAGACCUAUCGGAGUCAUUCCUCUACUGACUUCCCAGUAGAAAACAUGCCCAUUAUUCAGAUCAAGCAGGAAGGUUCACCUACCAGUCUCCAAUCACAAAUCUGUACUGCGGGAACUGAUGUUAGCGCUGAGAAUUCCUGCACGGAACAAGCAGCCCAGACCCUGUGCAAGAAACGUGGAAAACCUGUGAAGUCCUCUAAUUUAGCAAAAAAUCCUUCACACACCAGCACUAAACGGAAUGACGUGAAAAAGACUAAAGUGAUAGCUCGAAAUAUCAUUAACACAGAACAAACGUUAAAACCGGUAAGCUCCAGCGAACAAGGUAAAACACAUAUGGGCAAGUCUGCGAAGAAACUGUCUUCAAAGAAACCCUUUGAGUGUCUGAGAUGCGACAAGAGCUUUAACUGUAGAUCCCACCUUAUUAUGCAUCAGAGAGUGCACACCCGAGAGAGACCAUAUGUGUGUGAGUGCGGAAAGACUUUCACUCAGAGCUCUAAUCUGUUCAGACAUCAAAGAGGACAUCGCGGUGAGAGGCCUUAUGUCUGCACAGAGUGUGGGAAAACCUUCACUCAGAGCUCAUACCUUAUCAUUCAUCAGCGGACACACACAGGAGAACGACCAUAUGCAUGUGCCGACUGUGGCAAAUGUUUCCGUGUAAACUCUACACUUGUUAGACAUCAGAGGGUUCACGUGGGGGAGAAGCCAUAUAUGUGUAACACAUGUGGAAAGAGUUUUACGCAGAGCUCUUACCUUCACAUCCACCAGAAAACACACACAGAGGAACGGCCCUUCACCUGUAACCAGUGUGGCAAAAGCUUCAAGGUCAACUCUUCUCUGCUGCGGCACCAUAGACUGCACCUCGGUGAGGAAACCUACUCCUGCAGCUCGUGUAACAAAGAGUUCCCAGAACUGUCCAGACUUGUCUCACAUCAGAAAACUCACCAGCACUCGGAGGAGACGCCGGAGGCUUGUGACCAGGGAUUCCCAUCUAGAUGGGACCUGUGACUCUCAGGCCUCUCCAAUCUUCUAUUUUACAUGGGACGUUUCAUUAUCAGAAGUAAUUAUGUCUGAAAGGAGUUUUUAUCAUUUAGUCUCUAUUUAUAGAAGCUGAAACUGUUUAUGGGGAUAGACAAUAAUCAUAAUUUGUAUAGAUUUUAUCUUUUGUACAGAAACAAAAAGUGACUAUGUAACUACUAUCUAAAGGUGUAAAUGAGAAAUAAAAAUGAAUGAGCCACAAAUAAAAUGUCUGUAUCAGGAAUAAUUAAACAAAAA